AUGUUAAGAAUAGUGAGCCAUGUGGUUGAGCAAUAUAAAGGUGUGAUGGAAACAGAGGUUGUGAAGGCACCGGGAUUUGAUAAAGUCCCUUCCAUUCAAAUAAUUGAUCCUCUGCUUGUUGAAGUUCCAAAGCCACAAGAUGAUCUUUUUCCUGCCCCGCCACGUCCUCCAGUUCCCGAAAUUACACUUCUUGAAGCUACUGCAAAGAGUAGUAGAAUCACUCUUCAUCUCUCCAUACAAUUUCCCAAGGCCACAGCAACAUCAUCUUCAGCAUCUCCAACUGCUACAUGGUCCCUUCAGGAUGAAUUCAUCAAAGAAAAUGCGGCACUCGGAAACAAUUUAUGCUUUGAAAGAGAGACUCGACUUGGUUCAUACGGUUAUACAGAGAAUGCUGAAGUCUCAAUCAACCCAGAUUCGCCUCCUGGAACGAUCAAGGACAAACGUAAUAUGCAGACAUCAAUACGAUGGGACGAAGUCAAUUGGGGAUUGCUCCAAACUCAAUGUUUUGAAAAGAACAUAAAUCGAUACUUUGUAUCCGAGAUUCCGGAAAUUCUUGGUGGAGAAAUCAUUAUUCCUGCUCAGAACGCUUCAUCUCCAUGGAAUGAUUCUGAGGCUAAGCAACUGAAUACCAAGAAAAGAGUGUUGGGAACUAUCAUCAAUCGAAAAGAAGGCGAGGUGAAUGAACUAAAAGAUCAUCUCACCAAUGCACAACCGGAAAAAGCAGCUAAAGCCGCACUUGAUGAAAAAACGCCCUAUAAAUCACGCACAGCAAUUAUGCUUCGAUCAUACUCCGGAAAGAAAUGGAAUGAGAAUGACAAACAGAAUGUUCGUUCUAUAAUUACAGAGUUGUCGUUGAAAUCUGGGGGUGAAUUUGAGGUUUUUUUGCUUGUUCACAUCAGAAAUAGUACCAUUGCCAUAGAGAACGACACUGAAUAUAUUGAAGCUCUCCACAAGAAUGUACCAAAGGAAUUCCAUGAUAUUGCGGUCCUUUGGAAUGAAGCUUAUGUUCAAGGAUUUUAUCCACUAAUUCCAAAAAAGGUUACCAAUGUACAUCAAUCUCAAUGGCUUCCAGUUCAGAUCUUCGCACUUGAUUAUCCUCAGUUUGACUUUUACUGGAAUUGGGAAAUGGAUACUCGAUAUACUGGUCAUCAUUACGACCUUCUUGAGAGAUUAACAAAGUUUGGAACUGAUCAACCAAGGAAGUAUUUAUGGGAACGAAAUGAAAGAUACUAUAUUCCGUCUGUACAUGGUUCUUAUGAUACUGAUUUCCGUAAGACGAUCGAAAUUCUCUCAGGCAACGACACAAUUUGGGCACCCCCGCAUAUUGCUAAUGUCGUGCCAACUGGUCCAUUGCCACCAGUUUCAGAUCCAGCUGGAGACAAUUACGAAUGGGGCGUGGGUGAAAGUGCGGACUAUAUAUCGGUUGCACCAAUGUUCAAUCCAAAUGGCACUGGAUGGGUUGGUAAAAAUGAUGUUUGGGGUUAUGAUGGACGUAAUGAUACUCCUCGACGUACAACGAUCAUUACCCAUUCCAUGUGUAGCAAGAAAUUAUUAGAUGCCAUGCAUACCGAGAACCUCAACGGUAAUCAUGUCAGUAGCGAGAUGACACCUCAAACAGUCGCUCUACUUCAUGGGUUGAAAGCAGUAUAUGCACCUCUUCCGAUCUUCUUUGAUAGAGCCUGGAAUGGUACAAGUUUGAAUAAAUGGUUCAAUCCUGGUCCUAAAGAGGAAAGUGGGAGUUCGUCUGAUAGUCCAUUUGGCUGGGGUAAAGAGAGGAGGUUUCUAGGAAUGACCUGGUAUUAUAGAGCGAUUCCCCCAGGUAGGCUAUAUAAUAAUUGGAUGGGAUGGGAAGAUCAUGGAAUUGGUGGAGCUGAGGCCAUGUCUUCCUCCACUUUUAUUACAUCCGGUUAA